AUGGUUUGGCCACUUGAUGGUGAAGUCCUGCAGGACGGCAAGGUUGGCACCCAUCGAGGAUUCGCAUUCGUGCAGUACAUCGAGGCGGGCUUCGCAAGCUUCGCAAGCAGCUAUCACCUGAUCUUGUGUCCGGCUGGGUUUCAGGCCUCAGCAGCUGAGAAAGCGGUUGCGGACCUGAAUGGCACGAAGACUGCCUGUGAUGCUCGCAUGAUAUGCGGACGUGCUGUGGCCGUGGACUGGGCGGUUGAUGCCUCCGUGUUCACCAAGCUUCAAAGUGAGGAGCAGCCCGAACCGCCCGCGGAGCCCAAGCGGGCGAAGGAGCAGAAGCCGAAGGCGGCUGCGAAGGCUGCGAAGGUCUCAGAGGAGGAAGAGGAGGAGGAAGACGAGGAUCCUGAUCCCAACAAAGAGCUGAAGCGAAUGAAGGAGCUGCUGGGUGAUGAGAUCGAGGAGGACGAUCAAGAGGAGGAGGGGGAGGACGAGGAGGAUGAGGCGGACGAAGACGAAGCAUCAAAGCCCAAGCCGAAGAAGGGCAAGGAGAAGGCAUCCAAAGCAAGAAAGCCUGGAUUUGAUGUCGAGCAAGGGCUGUCCAUCUUUGUGAGAAAUGUACCCUUCGAUGCGGAGGAGGGCGACUUGAAGGAGGUCUUCCGCCGCUUCGGCAGGGUGAGCUCUGUUAAGAUGGUGGCUGACAAGACAGGCCAAAAUUCUCACCGAGGAUCUGCCUUCAUCAAGUUUGCAGAGGUGUCGGGGUCCCAGGCAGCGCUGGCAGCAGAAGAAGAAGCCGAGCGGAAGCUCAAGGAGCUCUCAUCUGUGGUUCGCCGCAGCGACCAGCGCGAGCUCCCGGCAGUCGAGGGCUUCGGGGUGAGCUUGAAGGGGCGUCGGCUGGUCCUGAAGCCAGCCGUAAAGCCGCAGGAGGCUUCGGAGCUCACAGACAAGUCCAAGACGAAGGGGCAAGCUUCCAAGGAGCGGCGCACGUGGAUGCACUUGUUGAAUGUCGGAGACAUCCCAGAGACUUCGCCUCGGUGGGAGAACCUCUCCAAGUCGGAGCAGCGCCAGCGCAGGGAAGGGCAGAAGGAGAGGAAGUGGCGGAUCAACAACUCGAACUUUGCGAUCCACCCGCAGCGUUUGAGUAUUCGCAACUUGCCCACCUUUGUGGAUACGAACAAGCUUCGAGAAGCUAUUGUCAAGCACCUCUCAAAAAGCCCGAGCAGUCCGGAGAGUGGACGGAAAGCCCGGCUGAAGUCUGCACAAGAGGCGAUCGUCAAGGCCGGCCUCGUGAGAGACGAUGAACGCCGCACUGAAGCGGGGGAACGCCGCUCCAAGGGCUAUGGCUUCGUGACCUUCAAGGACCACGAUGCGGCCAUGAAAGCACUGGAGUUCCUCAAUGACAACCCGACUGUGUUUGGAGGCAGCCGCCGACCAAUAGUCGAGUUUGCCGUAGAGGACAAGAGGAAGCUGCGAAUGCAGGAAGAGCUGCGGCAGUUCCUGAGCGGAGAUUAUUCAGCUAGGCUCUUGUCGGGAAGCCUUACGAUGCCCUUCGCUGCCAUUUCCUUAUAG